GAGUUGUUUGUUGAUAUUAAACAGUUUCCCGCCGAACGUUGAACGUUGAGUAUGAGACAAGUUCAUGUAUUACGGUUUCGACGAUUAUGUCUCGUAUCGUAAUAUUUAUAUUCACCUUACGGUAUUUAUAUGGAUACUGUAACAUUUGCGGUAGUUUAAGUCUAAGAAAUUCUGUUACACAGUUAGCAAAAUUAGAAAAUUGUAGUGAAAUAGCUGGUAAUUUAGAAAUUUUUAUAAUGCUCGAGAAUACAGAAAGUGAUUUUGAGAAUGUAGUUUUUCCCAAAUUAAGGACAAUAUCGGGAUACUUAAUUUUUUAUAAUAUACCGUAUUUGACUUCCAUUGGACAAUUGUUCCCUAACUUGUAUCAAAUACGCGGAGUGAAUUUGUUUAAGGAUUUUUCUCUGAUCAUAUUCGAAAUGCCGCAUUUACAACAGAUUGGAACAACAAAUCUCCUUUCAAUUGCAAGAGGAGCAGUGAAAAUCGAUAAUUGUCCAAAUGUAUGUUUUGUGAAUACAAUUAAUUGGCAAAAUUUGGGAGUGAAUACAGUAAAUUUCACAAAGACUACAACUAAUGUUACGUGCGAAGAAUGUCCUGAAAGAUGCAAUGGUUAUUGUUGGAAUUCUAACGAGUGUCAGAAGCCAAUCGAGAGAUGCCAUAGUGAAUGCAUAGGCUGUUUUAAACCUAAUUCACCUAAACAUUGUAAAGUGUGUAAACAUUUUGAAGAUGAUGGUGUUUGUGUUAAUGAGUGCCGACCAGGAAAGUACGUUUUUCCUAUGUUGAAUAAAUGUGUUACCAAAGAAGCUUGUCAGAACAUUCUACCCGGAAUAUGGUGGAUCAAUAACGGAUACUGUAUAUCCGAAUGCCCGGAGUAUCAUCAAGUUGGAACCGCUCGGGUUUCAAAUACUGAUCAAUUGGAUUAUACAUGUGAAUAUUGUGGAAAUAACUGCACUAAAACAUGUAAAGCUCCAGAGGAAAUUGACGCUCUGGGUACACUACAGAAACUUUUAGGAUGUACACACAUCAAUGGCUCUUUGAUAAUCAAAAUGUCCAGUGUAGAACCUGCGGAUCUAUAUAAAUAUUUAGGUUCUGUUAGGAAUAUCAGUGGUAUGUUUAUGAUGACCAGAACCGUUAGAGUUAGUUCUCUAGAUUUUUUAAAAAACCUAACAUAUAUUGGAACUGACACAAGCGAAGAAAUGAAAAUGUAUGCCAACUACAGUAUAUUUAUGUAUGGGAAUCAAAAUCUUCAGCAGUUAUGGAAUUUUACUUUACUUAAUUUGACUCUUAAAGGUACAAUAGGUUUUCACAACAAUCCUCUUCUUUGUCCAUCGGAAAUAGAGAAAUUAAAAAACGUUACCAACAGUAGUUACAGUGAAAGAGACGCCCCUUAUCUGUCUAACGGUGAUAAAGCAAGCUGCGUUACCAAAGAUGUCAACGUGAUUGUGUCGCCCUAUUCAACAAAAGCCGUUCUUUCCUGGGAUCCUCCCCCAUUAGAGAAAGAUGAAUCGUAUGUGGGUUUUACAGUAUUCUAUAAGAAAGGCAAAGAUGAAAACGCGACCACAUUUGACAGUAAAGAUGUUUGCGUAGUAAAUGAAUGGACAAGCGUGUUUGCUAAUACCAAUUAUACCACUCUGACCAAUUUAAUCCCAAACUCAACUUAUUCUUACUAUAUAAAGCUAUAUCUGUCGUCGAAUUCGUCUAAUACAGAAAAUUCUCAAAGUAGUCUUAAAUAUUUUCAAACUCUAUCCGACGAUCCCGAUGGCUUUGAAUAUUUAUCUGUAACACCUAUUGACCAUCAAAGUGUUAUGCUCAAUUGGGAAAAACCUUUACUACCGAACGGGAUUUUGGCUCAUUAUAUACUAGAUUAUGAUGAGUUGGCCGAUGAAUGGAUUUUUGAAAGAGAUUACUGCCAAUACCCUAAAACCACAAAAGGAGGAAAAGUGGAUGACGACGAAACUGAAAGCUCCUUCCGAAUAAACGGGAAAGGAUUUGACAGGACCAAUUCAAUCAAACUCCAAGAUGAUAAUUGCUCUUGCGCUGUACCGAAAGGAAAAGAAAGUAAUAUCGAUUACACAAUUAUUACAACUGAUCGUUUAUGUCAUACUUUAGCAAAUUUUGGGAUGCAGGCAUGUAAAAAUGUACAGUACUAUUCUGAUGAUAGUUAUCCGGUCAAAGAAAAAAUAGAAAAAAGAAACAGCAACAAUCAACAUAAAAAAAUAAUUCCUGCCAAUGAGACGAUGUUCAAUGUAACACAUCUCCGUCCAUUCACUUUAUACAUUUUUUACUUUUCGGCUUGUAAUUAUCCCAUAGAACAACACCGUUGCAGCGGAGUAUUACAAAGAUUUGCAAGAACUAAGAAAAAACCAAAUGCGGAUGAUGUUGAAGAGUUAACUGUAGAACGUGUAACUGAAUCUUCUGUAAAAAUAUCUUGGGUAGCACCAAAACACCCAAAUUCUCACAUAGUAGCUUACCAUGUUAGUUUAACUACAUCGGAUUCUACAAUAAUAAAUAGCGAAUGUAUACCAGUAAACGCAUCCCAGAAAAAUUGGCGACAGUUUGCAGUAACUUAUGUUUUAUUAUCAGGAGGAUACACAGUUUCAGUGAAGGCGGAAUCGUUAGCCGGACUAUCGGAUACAAGUAAAUCACAAGCAUUCGAAGUUGAUUCUGUUAACAAUCAUGUUCUUUUAAUGGCAGUUACUAUUACUUGCGUUAUUUGUUUUGCCGCAACAAUCACGCUUUAUUUAUGUUUUAAAAAAUUCAAAAGUUCUCAGUUACAACGUUUAAUAAUACAACCGAAUCCCGAAUAUGAAGUAUUUACAUCCUAUGUACCAGACGAAUGGGAGAUGAAGUCAGAAGAUAUUGAAAUACUCCACCUUUUAGGUCACGGAACAUUUGGUACGGUUUAUCAAGGAAUAAUUAAGAGAAAUAAUUAUCCUUGCGCAGUUAAAACUGUCAAUGAAAAUUUAAGUCCUACAGAAAAACAUAAAUUCUUAACCGAGGCUUCUGCCAUGAAAAGUUUCAACGGUUGUCACCAUGUAGUUAAAUUGUUGGGAGUGGUAUCUACUAGGGAUCCUCCUUUAGUUGUUAUGGAAUUGAUGGAGAGAGGUGACUUAAAAACUUGGUUGAGGGAAACUCGAGAUUCGUCUCAAAAUUUAACCUCAAACGAAAUAUACCGUAUGGCUGUGGAAAUAGCGGACGGUAUGGCUUAUCUCGCUGCUAAAAAAUUCCUUCACAGAGAUUUAGCUGCUAGAAACUGUAUGGUAGCUGCUGAUCGUACCGUGAAAAUAGGAGAUUUCGGUAUGGCUAGGGAUAUUUAUGAGACUGAUUAUUAUAGAAAAGAAACCAAAGGUCUGUUACCUGUUCGAUGGAUGGCACCAGAAAGUUUAGCAGACGGAGUUUUCACUACAGAUUCUGAUGUAUGGAGUUAUGGAAUAGUGUUAUGGGAGAUAGCAACAUUAGGCGAACAGCCCUACCAGGGUUUGUCUAAUGAACAAGUAUUACAAUUUGUGAUAUCCAGAGGUCGCCUAACUCGUCCACAAGAAUGCUCCGAUUUACUUUAUGAUAUUAUGAGGAGUUGCUGGUCAUGGCGACCCAGUGAUCGACCUUCUUUCUGGGACAUUGUAGAACUCCUAGAAGACAAAGUAUCAGAAGACUUUAAAUUAGUAUCAUUUGUGCAUAGUCGUGAAGCAUCUUUAUACAGUCGCCAAAGAGUGGAAAAUCCUCCGGCUUUAUGUGUAGAGCCCAGAGAAGAUCUUCUUUGUCAUUAUAAUGCUGAUGAUGAAGAAGUUAGUUUACAUGUUGGACGCGUUCCUAGACGACCCAGUUACCUACAAACUUCUUUGAACCAAAGGAGAUUUUCACCGACUGGUGAAUUUUACUGAGGAAUAUUCUUCAUAUUUGAUGAAGGACAAACCAUCAUAUCUUACAAAUAUAAGCCAUGUGUUCCGUAUAUUAACUCAAUGUGAUAUCUAAAUGUUAGUCAUUAAAAAUUACCUAAUUGUAAUAAAUAAUAAGGACGUUGUUAAUGGAAUUAAAUUCAAAACUAUUUUUUAUAAAUGUUUCAAAUAUUGUUGUAGGUAUGAAAUAGUUCCUUUUAAAACAAGAAACUUUAUGAAAUAGUGAAUAACAUAUCAUCAAAUUUCAAAAGUAAUCAAUAUCAUACUAUAUUUUGAAAAAAAUAUUUUGCAGAUUAAAUAAAUUAUAAUUAUGCUAUAUAACUGAUAUAAGUACAAGAACCGCUAGUGUUAUACAAAAUCAAAGUUCAGUUAAAUUUAUAAUGUUGAUACCAAAGCAUUCUUCUUCUUAGUCGUUCGCUCCAUUUAAAGCAUCGUCAUUUCAAGUACUUCCAUUCCUUCUGAUCUUCGGCCAAUUGAAAUUCUAGGCUGAUGGUUUUGCAUGCUAGACUUGUUACACACACUUUCUAUCUUUCUCUAGAUCUUCUUUCCAUAAUUGUCCAUCCAGUCUUUCAAGACCGUUUCUUUUGAAAACAUACCGAAAAUGAGAUCUUCAACAGAACUACUACUCACUCUUUUUAUUUGAAUUAGGUUUAGAAUGAAUUGAUUUACUCUCAUUCCCAUUUUCUACUCCGGAAAGCAUUUUCAUUAUAUCUGUAUCCUUACUGUCUAGCACUCCGAUCCAAAUAUAGAAGCUAAAAACAAGAAACCCUGUUGAAUCUCAUUAUAGUUUUGAGGAGUAUUUGUGGCGUUUCCAUACUAUAGUUAGUUUGGAUAUCGAGCUUUUCCUCUUUAUCUGUUCAAUGGAUCAAUACUGUGGAGCUUAAUUAAAUGAAAAAGACUUCUGCGUUAAUUAAUAAACUUUUAACGCCACUUCUUAUAUAACUUUGGAAAUCCAUCCAAAUAUUCCAUCACUGGUUUUCUCAACUUUCUGUAUAAUGUUGACCAAUUUUAGGUCUGAUACUGCAAUUAGAGACGUAUCAUCAGCAAACCUUAGUAACUGAUAUCUUGAUGCCAUAGACAGUUAUUUCUCCUUGCUGAUAAUCAAGUUCCUUUAUCAUCAUCCACUAGCUAUUGAUGUUGAAGAUUAAUGUACUGAAUAUUCAUCCCUGUCUUAUUCCCUUGCUUACUCUGAAGGGAUUAAUUCUAAUUCUUGUGAUUGUGUUGUUGUACCAAGGCAUGUACAAACGAGAAAAAUUAGAUCUAAUCCUAAGAACCAGUCAUAUUAUUUUCAAGUCAAUUAACUAUUAUAAAAAUCGUAUCAAAAGAAAAUGGGAUUGAAGACAUAUUAUUUAGGAAAUACAUGAUUUUAUAUAUUUUAGGGGGUAGUAAUGCUAAUAUUCUCUAUAUUUUUUAUACUUUAAUAGCCCAACAAAAUAACGUGACUUGUUACCCUAAUAACAACCAAUUUAUAAAGCCGCUACCACACGAUGUGUCCAAUGCUUCUAACGUUGGACACUGGUAUGAUUGGACGCAUCGUGUGGUUGUAGUGCGCAUAUCAUUUUACGAAAAGUUUGUUUCCAACUUUGGCAUUGGAACGUUGGGCAUGGAAAAUCGAUUUUUUUACUCGCAUCAAAGAAGUACCCAAUAUUGGAAUGAAGUUGGAUCGAACACUUGUGGUACAGCUACACACACUUCUUGUUCUCUUGCGCGUGAAUGCUACGUGUUUCGUUUGAAAAAUCAAAGCUUCCAUUAUCAUCCAGUUUAUUUUAAGAUAAUUUAUAUCUGUUUUAUGCUGUUCAUCAAUUUUUUGGCACGUUUUUAUUUCUAUAAGUAAGUUUAGGUAUGGUUCCAGCCUUCGUCCAAUGUUCAGUCAACAUUGGACGCAUUGUGUAGUUGCAGUACUGCAUCCAGCCUUCCUUCCAAUGUUUAGGCGUAUGUUAAAACGCGAAUUUAUUUUGGUGCAAACGUUGAACUCCUCGUAUAGAACCGGCUUUAUCCAAGAUAGUAUCGAUAUAAGUCAUAAUAAUUGAAUGUUAGAAGUUUAUGAUCAUUUCAAAAAAUUCAAACUUGAUUCGUAGAACUAAUCGGGGUUUUCUGAUGAAUGAAUCAAUUCAGUUUUUGUAUGUACUUAUUUGCCGUAGGGCUUUUUGAUAUUUUUACAUUACGUUGAGUAUUACAAUUUUAAAAACUUUUCAAAGUGAUUAUUUAAAUUUUCAUAGAAAAAUCAAAAUGCUGCGUUGAUAUUCCUGGAAACGGAGGAUACAUCUACUUUUGUCAUCUUCUAUAUACACAUGUAUUUACAAAACAAUUAAGAAAUUAUAAAGCCACAGCAUACUUAACAAAUUUUUGAAAAUACUGAACCUCAGUACCACCACUACACCAACACUCACAAUUACGCGCGUUUCGAUAAUCAAGUUUUCUUUUUUGAGAGACUGAAGGUAAACUGAAAACUAAUGACUUGACUUACCUGUUUUAUACUAAAUUUUUCCACCAAUAAACCUUGUACCGGGAAAAUUAUUUCCAGAGGGAAUUUUCACAUUCAUUCCUUCGGUACUAAACUAUAGAGUGGGCUGUAAGGAAUUGGCCCUUUAUACCUAUUUAAGCUUUCAUCAAUGCUUUCAAAUGCAUCCAACAAUUUAUUAUUGGAUACAUUCACGACAAUUUUACAUUAUUAAUAUUUGUCAUGAUUGUUACUGGCAGCGUGAUCGACAAUACAUGAUUUCCCAGUCCGUCCUUAUUUCAAAUGAGCUAUGUGCUCUUUAAGCCGGACAAUCACGGAUCUCUUGGUCUGCCCAAUAUACUUUCCGUCACAAUCACCAGAGCUAAUUUCAUCUAUUCCACUCUUUUCCAAAUUUGGUAUUUUGUCCUCAGGUUUGCCCAACAAUUGUUUUAAUGUAUUGUUGGAUUUAUAAACCAAUUUGAAACCCACUCGAGUAAAUAUUCCUUCCAAUACUUUUGUAUAAAGAGACAAGAAACAAGAAAAAAUUGCUCUCUUACCUUUCAAUCCUCUUAGGAUUGCCCAACAAUUGUUUUAAUGUAUUGUUGGAUUUAUAAACCAAUUCCAAACCCACUCUGCUAAAUAUUCCUUCCCAUCCUUUUGUAUAGAAACGAAAAACAAGAGAAAAAAUUUUGGUCUGAUACUUUUCAAUCCUCUUAGGAUUGCCCAACAAUUGUCCAAACGUAUUGUUGGAUUCAUGAAACGACUUGAAACUCACUCUGCUAAAUAUUCCUCCCAAUCCUUUUGUAUAAAGAGACAAGGAACAAGAAAAAAUUUGCUCUGAUACCUUUCAAUCUUCUUUAUACAAAAAGAUUGGAAGGAAUAUUUAGCAUUGGAUGCAUUGGAAAGCAGAUUGUUAAAUGUGAGAGUAGCUUAAAUAGGUACAAAGGGCCAAUUUCUCACAGUCCACUUUAUAGUUACGCAACGGUUAUGAUAAAAAAAUUGUAAGUAGGUUAAUCAAUUUUUAUAGCUUUAAGAAAUCUCUAUGUGAAAGCACUUUUUUCCAAACCCAAAAUGAAAAACAAGGAAAAUUUGCUUUGAUACCUUUCAAUCCUCUUUAUAAAAAAGGAUUGGAAGGAAUAUUUAACAGAGUGUGUUUCAAAUUGGUUUAUAAAUCCAACAAUAAAUUAAAACAAUUGUUAAACAAUCUUAAGGAUAAAAUGCCAAAUUUGGAAAAGAGUGGUAUAUAUGAAAUUAUAACCGAUCACGGUUGUAAUAUAUUAAUAAUGUGAAAUUGUAAAAAAAUUUAUUCAAUAAUAAAUUGUUGGAUGCAUUCGAAACCAUUGAAAUUGCUAAAUGUGAGAGUAGCUUAAGUAGGGACAAAGGGCCAAUUCCUACAGCCCAGCUUAGUAGUCAAGAAAUGAAUGUGAAGAUUAUGUCAAGGAGUUUUUUCCCGCUGGAAUUAAUUUUCGCGGGAGAAGGUUAUUGGUGGGAAAAUUUAGUAUAAAACAGGUAAGUCAAGUUAUUAGAUUAUAGUUUAUCUUCAGUCUCUGUACUCGCGUCAGACAAUGUAAUCGUGAGUGUAGGUGUAGUGGUGGUGUAAACAGGAUAUUCAGUAAGAAAUAGGUGUUUUAGCCUCGAGGGUUGAAAUAUUUGGUAAUUUUCCGGAUAAAUGGGAAUCCAUAUAACUAAUAGCAAAAUAAUUGAGUUUCCACUGUAAAUAUAAAUUAAGUCGGUGUUGUUAUAACCAGGCUAUAAAUAACACAACCCCUUUAAAUGCUACAGAAUAUUACUCCCGCUUUCAUGCUGUUCUUCCAUUAAUAUUUAACUUAUUAUGCACAUUACACUAAACUUAUUUACUACUAUUUACUACUACUAAAUUGAUUUCGUGCAGUGAUGUAAGUAAUUAGAGAUAAAUAUAAAUUCGCCUUAGAAUGUGUUAAAGUUCAUUUUAAAAUUUUUUCUGAUCAGUCUAAAUAUUUCUUAGUAUUCCAACUCUUAUUUUUCUCGUAUAACGUAUUAUACCAACUAUGUACCUGUCGUUUACUAUAAGAUUUGUAUGUACAACCAAAAUAAACUAAUUAAUUCCUACCUAUUGUAUAAUGUAUAUUUAGAUAUAGAGUUUUUAUUUUUUUAAGAUACAUUGAAUUUAAAAACAAUAAAAAAAUAAUUUUCACAGUAAUGUUCUGUGACUAUUUUAUAUUGUGUAAUUUGAAAAAUAUAUUUAUUAUUAAUACUAAAUAUUUACCAGGUAAAGUUCAUAUUUCUUGUUUCGAGAAGAUAAUUAAUCAAAUUUCCAAAAAUUUCUUAUGGAUAUUGUUAGUGAUUAGUUCGGAUAAAAAGGAAGGGACCAAAGUAAAAUAAACAUGUUAAUUGUGCUGUUUCAGAUGUAUGUAAUAAAAACUAUUUGUUUUU